GGCGGAGGUCCUCUCUCGUAGCUGUCCUAAGGGCGGGAGGCCGGAGCCGGGAGUGUUAGCAGCUCGGCGAGGUCCGGGGCCCGACAUGGAGGAGCUGGAUGGGGACCCGGCGGUUACUUUGAUUCCAGGUGUGAAUUCCAAGAAGCAAAUAUGCUUUGACUGGGGUCCUGGAGAGAUGUUGGUCUGUGAAACGGCCUUCAAUAAAAAAGAAAAAUCUGAGAUGGUACCAGGCUGCCCCUUUAUCCAUAUCAUCCGGAAGGAUGUAGAUGUUUAUUCUAAAAUUUUGAGAAAACUGUUCAAUGAGUCACAUGGAAUCUUUGUGGGCCUUCAGAGAAUUGAAGAAGAAUUGACUGGAAAAUCCAGAAAAGCUCAUUGCUGCUAAAGAUCAAGCCAGUGGCCGCCAAUUCAGCAGCCAGGUCUCCAUUUUGUCAGCGAUGGAGCUAAUUUGGAACCUGUGUGAAAUCCUUUUUAUUGAAGUAGCCCCAGCUGGCCCUCUCCUCCUUCACCUUCUCGACUGGGUCCGACUGCAUGUGUGCGAGGUGGACAGUUUGUUAGCAGAUGUUCUAGGCACUGGAAAUCCAAGCAAACAUGAGAGCUUCUGGAACUUGGUGACCAUCUUGGUGCUGCAGGGCCGUCUGGAUGAGGCUCGGCAGAUGCUGUCCAGGGAGGCUGAUGCCAACCCCGCCUCUGCAGACAUGUGCCGUAUCCUGGGGGAUCUGAUGAGGACAAUGCCCAUUCUAAGCCCUGGCAACACACAGACGCUGACGGAGCUGGAGCUGAAGUGGCAGCACUGGCGCGAGGAGUGUGAGCGGCACCUGCAGGACAACACGUUUGCCGCCAGCCCUGCCCUGGAGUCGCUGUGCAAGAUCAUGCUGGGGGACGAGGCCGCCUUGCUGGAGCAGAAGGAGCUGCUGAACAACUGGUACCAUUUCCUCGUGACUCGGCUGCUGUACUCUCAUCCCACAGUAAAGCCCAUUGACCUGCAUUUCUAUGCCCAGUCCAGCCUGGACAUGUUUCUGGGAGGUGAGAGCAGCCCAGAGCCCCUGGACAACAUCUUGAUGGCAGCCUUUGAGUUUGACAUCCACCAAGUGAUCAAGGAGUGCAGCAUCGCCUUGAGCAACUGGUGGUUUGUGGCUCAUCUGACAGAUCUGCUAGAUCACUGCAGGCUCCUCCAGUCUCACAACCUUUAUUUUGGUUCCAACAUGAGAGAGUUCCUCCUGCUGGAAUAUGCCUCAGGGCUGUUUUCUCAUCACAGUCUCUGGCAACUGGGGGUAGAUUAUUUUGACCACUGCCCUGAGCUGGGCCGCGUUUCCUUGGAGCUGCAUAUUGAGCGGAUCCCUCUCAACACUGAGCAGAAAGCCCUCAAGGUGCUGCGGAUUUGUGAGCAGCGGCAGAUGACCGAACAAGUCCGCAGCAUCUGUAAGAUCUUGGCCAUGAAGUCUGUCCGUAACAAUCGCCUGGGCUCUGCCCUCUCUUGGAGCAUUCGUGCCAAAGAUGCUGCCUUUGCCACACUGGUUUCAGACAGGUUCCUCAGGGAUUACUGUGAGCGAGGCUGCUUUUCUGACUUGGAUCUCAUUGACAAUCUGGGGCCAGCCAUGAUGCUGAGUGAUCGGUUGACAUUCCUGGGAAAGUACCGGGAGUUCCACCGACUGUACGGGGAGAAGCGUUUCAGCGACGCCUCAUCUCUUCUGCUGUCCCUGAUGACCUCUCAGAUUGCACCCCGCUCUUUCUGGAUGACUCUGCUCACAGAUGCCCUCCCUCUUUUGGAACAGAAACAGGUGAUCUUCUCAGCAGAACAGACGUAUGAGCUGAUGCGAUGCUUGGAGGACCUGACCUCAAGGAGGCUGGAGUGUGGAGAGCCCGAUGCCCAGAAACCCCAGGAUGAUGAUAUAGAGACCACCAAGGUGGAGAUGCUGAGACUUGCUCUGGCCAGGAAUCUUGCACGGGCAAUUAUAAAAGAAGGCUCACUGGAAGGUUCCUGAGGUCAGCUAAGAGCUCCCGCCGUGUGGUAACUUUGUAUGGCAAUGUAAAAUAGCUUUUUAAAAUAAAUGUUCUCUUUGGCAAAUAAA